AUGCCCAGUGGUCUUAUUUGCGAUCCAAAUCCUCUUUUUAUUGACGACUCGAUUCAUUACAUCCAUCCGUACAUAGACAGCGCAAGUUGGCUGUAUCUGGAAACUGAACCAAUAGUUUAUCCGUCCAGUUCAAGAGACAAUCAGUAUCAUCGUCAUUGUCGCCAUCAUCAUCAUCAUCUUAACCCACGUCAUCGGCGGAUUGCUAGUGAUCCCGGUGGACUGAUAUAUCUCCAAGACACCAGCUAUCGUAAUCACUGCAGUUUACAUCAUCGACGUGGAUUAAGUCUCAGUGGUAAUGACGUAGUUACUUCCUGUCUAGAUGAAGUAAUUAACGAAGAAGCAAAUGAAGAUUAUUGUCAAGAUGAAGCUGGACAGAAAACACCGACCUUCAGAAAAGUGCCAUGGCAUCACAAUUUGCACAUGCUCAAAACUAGACAGACCUAGUUUUUUAUUAUAAAUUUAUUUAUAUUUUAUAAAAAUCAAUGGCACAGUAAUUAAUUAAUUAAUAAAUUAAAAUAUGUCCUUCUAUAAACGUGCAAUAUUAAAUAUAAGUAAAUCAUGGCUCUAUUAUUGUUUAUAUCAUAAAUAUAAAAUAUAACUCAGCAUUACUUGCGUUAAAUAUUUAUACUCAUUAAAUUAAUAAAAUAAUCUGAGUAAUUAAUAAUAAAUUAACGCAUAAGUAAUGGUAAGUUACAGCCAUUUGUUGGGUCAUAAGAUGUGGGUUACAGAUUUUUAAAAUAAUUAUCAAAUUUAUUGUUAAUCCAUUGUCGUUAAUAACACAGUACUGUACAUAAUUAACGACAGCUUUGUAAUAAAUUUAUUUUUUUAAAAAAACUACCCGGGAAGUUAGAAAGAAAUAAAAAUUAUUUAUAAAAGUAUUUACUUAAUUAAACACAUUAAUUAUUUAAUUAAUCCAAUUUAUUGUAUUGUUUAAUAUUAAAUUAAUAAAUACAAAAUAUUUAUUAUUGAA